CAUCUCUGUUCAUAAAUAUCUUUUGUACGAGGUCCCUAAUCGUGAAUCAGAUUUCCUAAAUGGAUCAACUUGCUAGAUCAACAGCUACAAGGAAAAAUUACAGCUAAGUGAAGCCAGGAAGGGGAGCGCUUUUCAAAUCCCAUCUCUUUCCUCUUCCCUCUGUUAAGAUCCGAACAAGUGCUCCGAAACAGGAAUUUUUUCUACUAAUCGGAAUCGAGGCUGGGUUUUGAUGGAUCAAGGAUGCAUUUGGAGCAUUUCGUAAUGCUUAGAUCUUCCCACAAGUGAUUUUCAUUGGAUUAACGAUUUGGAGGCCUCGUUUGUGACACAGCUGCGGGGGGGUUUUGAUUUCUCUUGUGAGAAGCAGAAAGAUUGAAGCUUGAUGGUCGGUUGCGGCUGCGGUUAUGGCGGCGGCGGAUCGCGGCAGGGCGGGCCACGUGGAGAGGGACAUCGAGCAGGCUAUUACUGCUCUGAAGAAAGGAGCAUACUUGCUAAAGUAUGGACGCAGAGGAAAACCCAAGUUUUGCCCAUUUAGAUUAUCCAAUGAUGAGUCUGUACUAAUAUGGUUCUCGGGCAAAGAGGAGAAACAUGUCAAACUAAGCCAUGUAGCCAGAAUCAUGCCUGGACAACGCACUGCAAUUUUUCAGAGAUACCGGCAACCUGAGAAGGAGCGCCAGUCAUUUUCUCUCAUAUAUAAUGAGAGAUCACUAGAUCUUAUAUGUAAGGAUAAAGAUGAAGCUGAAGUCUGGUUUGCUGGUCUAAAAACAUUGAUAUCACGCAGCCAUUAUCGGAGAUGGAGAACAGAAUCCAGAAGUGAUGGAGUGUCAUCUGGUACAAAUAGUCCAAGAACAUACACCCGUAGAAGUUCUCCUUUAAAUUCUCCCUUUGGUAGCAGUGAUAGCAUGCAGAAGGAUGGCAGUGAUACUCUUCGACUUCGAAGUCCAUAUGAAAGCCCCACAAAAAAUGGGUUGGACAAGUCAUUUUCUGAGGUUGUUUCAUAUGAAGUACCUCCAAAGUCUUUCUUUCCUUCAGAUUCUGUUACUGAGUCACUCCACUCAUUAUCUUCUGGAUGCUCAGACAGUAUAAAUGGGCAUACAAGGGUCAUUGCGACAGAUGUAUUUAGGGUCAGUCUGUCAAGUGCUGUAAGCUCAUCCAGUCAAGGUUCAGGUCAUGAUGAUGGAGACGCAUUAGGGGAUGUAUUCAUAUGGGGUGAAGGGACCGGAAAUGGGUUUCUAGGUGGUGGAAAUCUGGGACUUGGUAGCUAUUCAGUUAUUAAAAUGGACUCUCUUGUGCCAAAAGCCUUAGAAUCUGCUGUAAUACUAGAUGUGCAAAAUGUAUCUUGUGGUGGGAGACAUGCUGCUCUUGUCACCAAGCAAGGAGAGAUUUAUACUUGGGGCGAGGAGUCAGGAGGUAGGCUUGGGCAUGGAGUAAAGACCGAUGUCUCUCAACCAAGAUUAGUUGAUGCUCUUGUAAAUAUGAAUAUUGAACUUGUAGCCUGUGGAGAGCAUCAUACAUGUGCUGUUACAUUGUCUGGUGACCUUUACACCUGGGGUGAUGGUACUUCUACACUAGGGCUCCUUGGGAAUGGAAAUGAAAUGAGCCACUGGCUUCCAAAAAUGGUUAGUGGACCCUUGGAGGGUAUACAUGUUUCAUCAGUUUCUUGUGGACCUUGGCAUACAUCUGUUGUAACCUCUUCAGGGCAACUGUUCACCUUUGGAGAUGGAACGUUUGGUGUCCUAGGUCAUGGAGAUCGCAGAAGUAUUUCAGUACCUCGGGAAGUAGGAUCCCUUAGGGGAUUGCGCACAGUUCGAGCUGCUUGUGGUGUUUGGCAUACUGCUGCGGUUGUAGAAGUUAUUUCUGGAAAUUCAAGUUCUAGCAACUGUUCUUCUGGGAAGCUAUUUACAUGGGGCGAUGGUGACAAAGGACGACUUGGACAUGGUGACAAAGAAAAUAGACUAGUGCCUACAUGUGUAGCUGCGUUGGUUGAACCAAACUUUUGUCAAGUUGCUUGUGGGCAUAGCCUAACAGUGUCACUUACUACCUCAGGCCAUGUUUACACAAUGGGCAGUGCAGUUUAUGGUCAACUUGGAAACCCUCAAUCAGAUGGAAAGCUCCCUGUGCGUGUUGAAGGGAAGCUCCUUAAGAACUUUGUCGAGGAGAUUUCAUGUGGUGCUUAUCAUGUUGCUGUCUUAACUUCAAGAACUGAAGUUUACACAUGGGGUAAAGGAGCAAAUGGUCGAUUAGGACAUCGUGAUACUGAUGACCGAAAUUCCCCUACGUUAGUUGAAGCUUUAAAGGAUAAACAAGUUAGAAAUGUAGUUUGUGGCACUAAUUUUACUGCAGCAAUUUGUAUCCAUAAAUGGGUGUCUGGAGUUGAUCAGUCUAUGUGCUCUGGCUGCUGUCUGCCUUUUAAUUUUAAGAGAAAGCGUCAUAACUGCUAUAAUUGUGCACUUGUUUUUUGCCAUUCGUGCAGCAAUAAGAAAUCUCUUAGGGCUUCUAUGGCACCAAAUCCUCAUAAACCAUAUCGUGUAUGUGACAACUGCUUUAUCAAGUUAAGCAAGCCCUUGGAAACUGACUCAUCAUCUCAUUCUGCUGCUAGUAAACGAGGAAAUAUGAUUCAGGGGUUCAGUGACAUGAUCGAGGAGGAUAAAUUGGAUCCAAGAUCAAAUGUGCAAAUCCAUAGAUUUUCUUCAAUGGAGUCCUUUAAGCAAAUGGAAAGUGGAUUUUCUAAAAGGAACAAGAAAUUUGAAUUUAUUAGCAGUCGCAUUUCUCCAAUCCCAAAUGGAACUGCAUGGUGGGGUGUCCUUAACAUUUCAAAAUCUUUUAAUCCAGCAUCUGGAACAUCGAAAAAGUUCUUUUCAGCUUCUGUUCCUGGCUCAAGAAUUGUUUCCAGAGCAACAUCACCUGUUUCUAGAAGGGCCAGCCCCCCUCGUUCUACCACACCAAACCCAACUCUUCAGGGACUUACUUCUCUGAGAACCAUUCUUGAUGGUUCAAAGAGUGCAACUGACAGCAUAAGCCAAGAGGUUCUGAAGUUAAGGGCUCAGGUGGCAAAUCUUACUUAUAAAGCUCAGCUUCAAGAGGUUGUGUUAGAGAGAACAACUAAACAAUUGAAGGAAGCUAUUUCAGUUGCUGGAGAAGAAGCUGCAAAAUGCAAAGCGGCCAAAGAAGUAAUCAAGUCACUCACUGCUCAAUUAAAGGACAUGGCUGAAAGAUUGCCAGUGGGAGCAGCUGAAAACAGUGAACUUUCUUCCUCGGCAUCCUUCAACACUAGUCUCGACUCAAGUAGUUUUUCAGAUGCAACUGCUGAGAAAUUAAGCAGCCUGUUGACCUCUCGUGAAAAAGAUGCAAAUGGUUCCAGUGAAGUGCUAGGUUCCAAUGGACAAAGUACCAUUGGUAGUCGCAAUAAUCUAGGUACCCCAGUAUCAAGGAAUGGAAGUAAAGUGAUCGAUGCUGAUCCCAAUCAUGAAACAGAAUGGGUUGAGCAAGAUGAGCCAGGUGUCUACAUCACCCUUACUUCUUUGCCUGAAGGUGCGAGAGACCUAAAACGGGUUCGGUUUAGUCGCAAGCGGUUCAGUGAGAAGCAAGCAGAACAAUGGUGGGCUGAGAACCGGGCUAGGGUAUAUGAGCAAUACAGUGUGCGAACGGUUAACAGGUCCGCCCCAAGUGUCGGAAAUAGUAAAAGAUCUGAUUAAGAUUGACUAAAAUAAUAUUUGCUUCUGAAUUUGAGCCAAGUCAAAGCGAUGACAAAGUUCUAACUUAAUCUAUUAAUUUGUAAAUGUCAGUAAAUUUUAUUUUUAGCCCCAGAAAAUAUUGGAGGGUCUGGAUACAAAGCGAAGUCGUUUGUUGUCCAUUUUUUACUUUUAGUUUUUUCUGCUUCAGUUUUCCUGUGUGGAAAGAUAGAGUGGGUUUGAGCUUGAGGAAUGUAAAUCAUUAUUAGUGAGCUUGCUAAUAUUCUGCAUUGUAAAUGCAAAAGAAAAUGCAUUUUCUCCUCCCUCUUAUUCGUCUCCCUUGAUACUUUUUAAUUUCAGUCGCUAGUAAAUGUGAAGCCAUUCUGGUCUAA